UACGUUGUUUGUUAGCAAAUAGCAAUUGUACCCCAAAAAAGGGCAAAUUUCCUUUCCUAAAAGAAACCCCAUUUCUCCAUUUCUGACACAAUUAUGUUAUGAGUGAAUUACUAUGCUGAAUGCUGUAUUUCUGGGGAAGGAAAAAAAAUUUCUCUCCUUUUCUCUUUUUUGUUUCCUUUUUCUCAAUAAGGAGCCCUACUUACUGAGUCAAAGUUUGUCUGAAAUGAUCUGUUCAUGAAAAUACUGUGUUGAGCUCAACAAGAUUAAGUGGUCAAGCAAGCACUUUGCUUUGAAUCUUCUCAUAAGUCAUAAGUACUCACAAGAGGGUCAACCAUCGAAUCUGGUCUGUGUUGGGAAAUACGUAGAAACUGGGAAGAGUCCUCCAAUGGCUGAUGCCAGUCCUAGGACUGAUAUUUCUACAGAUGUGGAUACAGACGAGAAGAAUCAAAGGUUUGAUAGAGGUCAAUAUGGUAUUGUUGGUUUUGACUCCAGUGACAGAUCAAAUGAUAAAACAGAUCAGAAGACUCUCCGCAGGCUUGCUCAGAAUCGCGAGGCGGCGAGAAAAAGUCGGUUGAGAAAGAAAGCAUAUGUACAACAAUUGGAGAGUAGUCGUUUGAAAUUGACCCAAUUGGAGCAGGAGCUUCAACGUGCACGGCAGCAGGGAAUCUUCAUAUCAAGCGCAGGAGAUCAGGCCCAUUCUAUGAGUGGAAAUGGGGCUAUGGCCUUUGAUGUAGAAUACGCACGUUGGCUAGAAGAGCAAAAUCGACAAAUUAAUGAAUUGAGAUCAGCAGUUAAUUCCCAUGCAAGUGAUACAGAGCUGCGUAUUAUUAUUGAUGGUAUCUUGGCACACUAUGAUGAGAUUUUUAGGCUGAAGGGCAUAGCAGCAAAGGCCGAUGUUUUUCAUUUGUUGUCUGGCAUGUGGAAAACUCCUGCUGAGAGGUGUUUCUUAUGGCUUGGUGGUUUCCGCUCAUCAGAGCUCCUCAAGCUUCUUGUAAAUCAGUUGGAGCCUCUAACAGAGCAGCAGUUAUUGGGAAUCACCAAUUUGCAGCAGUCUUCCCAACAAGCAGAAGAUGCAUUAUCUCAAGGGAUGGAGGCCUUGCAACAGUCCCUUGCAGAAACAUUGUCGAACGGAUCUCUUGGUUCCUCCGGUUCGUCAGGAAAUGUAGCAAAUUACAUGGGGCAAAUGGCGAUGGCCAUGGGUAAACUAGGCACUCUUGAAGGCUUUAUCCGCCAGAGAACUAGGAAAUCUGAUUCUUAUAGAGUUAUCACAGACACUAGCUGAGAUCCACACCCUGCUUCCUGGUUCUUGCAUUCGCCUUGAGAAAUUCUGAAUGCAGAAAACGGAGAAUAGUUCAUCACCUGAAAUGAAAAUGAAGUUUGAAUUUUCUUGCAAUAUAUUUCUCCAAAAAUUUUUUAAUCACGUAACCUGUUCAUAACAAUGAUAUAAAACUUUCUUUUUCUAUGACUGUCAACUCAGUUAAGAUUUGGUAUUCAUAUCAGGUGCUGAAAAUUUAGCACAAGUUGCAAAAGUCUAAACCCAUUAAAGAAACAGGAAGAUGUUGUGAUACAUUUUUAUCGAGUGUUUUAUCAUGAAUGUCAUUGUCUUGUCUGUGUUGACAUCUUAAGCCUCUUUUCUUGUGGUGUGGCCAACAA